AUGAAAAUCUUGUCGAUUUCUGCUUUUUUCGUGCUCCUUCCAGUGGUCUUUUGUCACUACAAGCAUGCAGAAAAGGACUACAGCUGCAGGAAAUUGGUGAAUUUUCGAAGGUUUUCCGACUUGAAGUUAUGCUAAGACAGUUAUAAGCAACUCAAAGUUAGCUUAGUAGUUUUGUUACCGAGCAUUAUUCUUUUUGGAAUGUGAGACUUCACCAAAAAAAUAAUUUUACUGUUGAUUUAUUCCUUACAACUUGAAUAUAAACUAAAUUAUAGAAAAACAUACAGUUUACCCAUAAAUACAGGCGUAAUUGCAAUCUAGGCCAAUAAUGGGUCCUACGCGGAACAUUGUUCGACAGAGCGCAUUAGCCAGAGUUUUGUGCAGAUUUACGACAAUUCCAGAAUUCCCAACCGUCACCACUACUUCUAGAUAUUCAUGAUUAUUUGACUGUUGAUUUGAAUUUUCAGUCGCCACUGUCAAAGGGCUACCAUCCGGACAUGAUGUCGCGUUUCGUUGAAUUCAAACGAGAGCUCAGAAUCGGUGACGUCAUCGUCAUCCGCGGCAGACUUGGACCCGGAGUGCUGCCACAGAAGUUUUCAACCUCAGCAUUUAAAAAAUUAAAAAGAAAACAGGAGAUUCUACCUGGAUUUCCCCGUCGGACCAACUCGAUAUCUCAAACCAAAACCAGCCACUUUUCCUAGCACUUUCCAUUUCAGCGCUCAAUACGACACUGGGAAGCAGAUUGGUGCCUGGUUUGAUGUGAUUAUUUCUUUAUUUAUCUUAGAACGGAAGAAAUGGAUAAGGUAGUUGAAAAGUACAUUUAUGGUGAGGGGGAUAUUUUCUGCGCCCUCCUCGUCUCAUUUUUACAUUCUAUUUUCGUGUUUCUCUGACCUCGCCGAUGAGGGAACAGAGAGACGCAGACACUUGAAAACUCUCAAGUCGUGAUGAGGCUGAAUAAUAAAUCAAAAAAUCAAAUCAGGGCAAAGACUUCCGUGACAUCGUUACUGGAAACAAUCUGUUCACCGCAGCCCCGUUUACGAUCAAAAUCGAGUUCGUUGGAUUUUUUUUACAAAUUUUAGAAUAAUCUACAGGGUGAAACAGGCUGGGUACGAGUUCAGCAAAGACGGCGUCUACGUGGGAUAUUACGGGAGCCUCGUUUACAACACCGUUUCGAGCAUUUACAUGGAGAACGUUGCGGUCGACGAUACCCAGUGAGCAAUUUUUAGGGAAUAAAAAAACUCAUAUAAAUUAUUUCAGUUCUUGCAAUGAUGGGCCCCGUUGCGAGAGACUCCAUGGUGACAAAAUGACUGUCAUUAUUGCAGAUGGGCAUGUUCAGCACAUUAGUCAGUUUUUUUGUUAUCAAAUAUCGAGGUUUAUGUUGAUAUUCGCAAUAUUCAAGAACCUCAGCGAUGAGGAAUGAAAUACCUCUGCAGUUUUUUGAAAGAAAAUGAAAGAAUUGAAUCUCAAACCAAAUAUUUUUUGAUUUCAGUUGGAUCGUGUCGCUGGUAG